GCUCAGCAAGCCGCUGCUCUUCAACAAGCCGCUGCAGCCAGAGCAGCAGCAGCAGCUGCCGCACCCGCAUCAAACCAGAAUAAGGAAGAGGAGUAUGCUCGACAAAUGGAAGAGGAGAUGAGAAGAAAAGCGGAAGCAAGGAAGCACUUCGAAAGGCUCAGCAAGCCAAAGGCUGAAGCCGAGGCGAAGGCUAAGAAGGAAGCGGAAGAGAAGGCUAAGGCAGCAGCACAAGCAAAGGCGUUAGCUGAUGCUCAAGCCAAUCAGCUCAGGCACAAGCGCAGCCGAAGACUAAAGCAAAAGCCAGCUCCAGCUGGACCACCUCCAAAGGUCAAGCCCAAACCUGAUCCAGUGCCGUUGCAAGUCAAUGAACCAGCGAAAGCACCUCAGCGUACUCCUGGAAAAGUGGCUGCCGAAAUGCCGCAAUUCAAGCAGUACGAGCCUCGACACAUUGAACUUCCCAAGGACUCCACCCUCAAGCAGACGGCAAAGGUCUGA